AUGCAGUCUAGAGUUCAAGUACGUACCAAGCGGCACUGGUUAAAUAGCAAUGAUGCGAUUCUGCCAAGUAGCGGAGAUGAUCUUUACGAUAAGCUUGUCGAAUUAGCCAUUGGAACGGUUUCGUUGACCUUGGUAAGUCGACCAAAUCUGUCUUCGUCACUUUCAAUCAAUGUUCAUGCGGGGAUUUUCAGUAAUAAUCUCUUCGUGGCAUCUGGAGAAAGAAGGAAAACAGUUGGUGGUAAGUUGGCGAAUACCAGUAAAACUAUUACGGUGAUGCCAAAUUUGAUGUGA